AUGGGAAGGUCGACCCGACUGAAGGCAUGCUUUAUAUUUUUUUGUUUUUCCUUUGGUAUUGCUGCUUAUUCUCCUUUUGCAAAAUGGGUUUUUACCCCAAACAAUCUAGUAAAUGGGAAGAUCAAUGACUUAUCAUCUAAUAACAAUCAGCCUUUCGCAUUAAAUGGUGAACUAAUUGCUACAUCAGCAGUAACUUGCAAAGGACUUCAUACAGCUUCUUCCGAUACUUAUUACUCAGGAACUGCUAGUGCUAUUCCCUCGUCCGCAGAAGAGCUUGGGGUAAGUAUAUGAAUGAGCUUGCAAGAUAAUGGAAGGCCAGUUUAUGUAUCAAUUCGUGGUCCAGACAUGUCACUUUAUGGAGUCGAAUUUAAAUAUCACACAACUUUGAUGUUUUUUGCACCUUCAGACAGUAUAAAAGAAGUUCCUAUUUCCGAAGGUAUGUUUUAGAUAGGAAAAUGAAUAUUUUUGGUAUUUUAUUUUGUUAAAAUUCAAUCCCUUUGGACUUUGACAGUUAUUUCUCCAGAGUUUUCCACUGUUACUUUAACUGAUACUACCGGCCCAGGGAAUAAAAUUAUGAUUGGAAACUAUAUAGAUACAUACUAUUAUGAGAUUCAAUUCUUCAAAAAAGCUACUAUGGACUCGUCUAUUGUCACUUUAUAUGACAACUCUGAUGCUACUUAUGAUGCUACAACUUCGACUUGUCCAGUUUCUUGCAAUACUUAUUGUCACUCCGAUGUGGGAUGCUUGAGCUCAACAGCCUGCCCAUGCGCGGGACUUUGCAUGUGCUCUGCAAAUGAUGGUGUGUGCUCAUCUUGCAAUGAUCCAAAUGGUGACCUUGCAAAUAAGUGUCAGUGUAAAACUGGUUAUGAUCUCCAAGGAAACAUAUGUGUCUUAAGUAAUUUUUAUACAGAAUCCCCUCCUAAUUGUGCAUUAUGAACAGCAGAAAAGGUAUGCACUCAAUGCAAUCCAAGCUUUUUUCUCUAUAAUAGCGGCUCUUCUACAAGCUGCUUAGGUAACUUUUAUUUAGCUUGUGACUCAUGCACUUCUUGCAAUGCUAGUCCUACUUGCUUUAAAUGUACCGAUGUAAUUUCUCAAGCUGGAAAUUCCUGUAAAGUUGACUCUGUUGGCUACAAGUUUAGCUUUGUCUCUCCAAACAUUAUUGUUGACUUCGCCUAUCCUUUGGCAAAGACUCUAAAAAUCAGCAACUUAAAAGCAACAACUACUGAUAACCAGGCUAUCUCGACCACUACUUGGGAAAUCCACUCACAAACUGCAAGCCAGCUACAGAUUAGAACUGAUCUUAUUCUAAGCCAGCUCCCAAUCAAGCUUAAAUUCAGCUUUGAGCAGGAUCUUUAG